AUGAAUUUAAGUGCAGAUCAACGGAAAAAAAUAGAAGAAAAUAGAGCAGCGGCUUUAUUGAAAAAAAAACAAUUUAAUCAAAAAACAAAUUCAAUACUGACUUCUAACCUUACUUCAUCCUCGAACAAAAUUAACGAAAAUAUUAAUAAAAAUAAAAUCACAAAUAAUUUCUUUAAAAAAAAUGUCGAAAAACAAGAAACGCCGUAUGUAAACGUAACUUUUUCGGCUAUAAAUGAAGAUAGAUUUAUUGCUGAUAUGAAUUAUCAUGCACCUAGCAUUGAAGUUUUUAAAACUAUUCCAGGAAAAUUGUAUGAUUCAGUAUUAAAAAAAUGGACAUUUCCACUUUCUGAACAUUCAAAUUUGACAUCAAAAUUAAGAAAUUUAAAACCUGAAGUUAUAGUUAAUGCCAUUCCAGAUAAUGUUUUUAAAACUCUUUGUGCACCCGAUGAACCUGAAGAAGUUGAUUGGUCAAGAAUUGAUAAAAAUUUAAGAGAUAGUCUUAUGCCUUUUCAAGUGGAAGGUGUCAGAUUUGGAAUUAAGAAAAAUGGAAGAUGCUUGAUAGCUGAUGAUAUGGGUCUUGGUAAAACUAUACAGAGUUUAGGAAUUGCAUGUUACUUUAAGAAUAAUUGGCCUUUGUUAAUAAUUUGUCCAUCAUCGAUGAGAUUUCCUUGGCAAGAAGCUAUUAAAACAUUUAUGCCAAAUAUCAAUCCGACAAUUUCAGUUUUAAUUUCUGGCAAGGAUUCAAUAUAUAAUGAAGAUAUUAUCAUUACAUCAUAUGAUAUAAUGAAAAUUUGUUAUGAAAAUAUAAGGAAAAAAAAAUUUGGAGUCGUUAUUUUUGAUGAAUCUCAUGCAUUAAAAAAUAAUAAAAGUGCCAGAACUCAAGUAGCUCUUCAACUUUGCAAAAAUAUCAGUCGAGUUAUUUUACUUAGCGGAACUCCAGCUUUGUCAAGGCCUCUAGAAUUGUAUUCUCAAAUAUCCGCCAUAGAUCCUCUUAUAUUUCCAAAUUUCUACGAUUUUGGCAUUCGUUAUUGCAAUGGGAAAAAAGAUAAAUUUGGAUGGAAUUUCACAGGCUCUUCAAAUUUAGAAGAAUUAGAAAUUUUUUUAAAAAAAAGAAUUAUGGUGAGAAGACUGAAAUCUGAAGUGUUGGCUCAAUUACCUUCGAAAAUAAGAAAAAUUGUAAUAUUAAAUCCUAACAUGGUGAAAUCUGUUUCAAAAAAAAUGAGACAAAUGGAGUCACAGUUUGAAAGUCAAAAAGGCGUGGAAAAACAAAGUACAUUAAUUUCAUAUUAUUCCAUUACUGGAAAUGCUAAAUUAUCAGCUGUUUGCGAAUAUAUCGGAGAUAAAUUAGAAAAUAGUAAUAAAUUUUUGGUUUUUGCUCAUCACUCGAAUGUUUUGGAUGGAAUUUGUGAUUUAUUGAAUAAUAAAAAAGUUGAUUACAUAAGAAUAGAUGGAACAGUGAGUAGUGAAAAUAGGCAAAUAAAAUGUCAAGAAUUUCAAAGUAAUCCAAAUUGUAAGGUAGCUGUACUUAGUUUAAAAGCUGCCAAUACAGGAUUAACACUUACAGAAGCUCAAUUAGUCAUAUUUGCAGAGUUAUAUUGGAAUCCUGGUGAACUAAUUCAAGCAGAAGAUAGAGCUCAUAGAAUCGGUCAAAGAGAUAGUGUUUUAGUAGAAUACUUAAUUGCCAAAGGUACAGCAGAUGAUCAUUUGUGGUCUUUGGUUCAAUUAAAAUUAAAUAUUCUUAACAAAGUUGGUUUAAGCAAAGACGACUUUAAAAAUACUGAUACUGAAAAACUUGAAAAUAAAAAUCAGCUCACCAUUACUUCUAUGUUUGCGAAUAGUAUAGAAGAAAAGAUUGAAGAAAAUAAUGAUAUUGUAAAUGAAAUGAAAGAUGAUGAUAUAUUUGAAAAUAUAGACUUGGAUGAAAUUGAAAGUGAAUAUUUGAUAAGUAGUAAAAGGCAAAAAAUGAAUUCAUAG